AUGGAAUACCCACACGGCUAUCACCACUCACACCACGGUCCAGACAGGAGAGAAGAAGACUACCCGCCACCGCCACCACCACGACCCCACCCGCCUCCUUUUUACGGGGGAGAUGCGCCACCGCCACCGCCGCGACCACAUCCGCCUCCUUUUUACGGGGAAGAUGCGCCACCGCCGCCCUUUUACGGGGAAAAUCCUCCGCCGCCUCCCUUUUACGGUGAAAAUCCGCCACCGCCUCCCUUUCACGGUGAAAAUCCGCCACCCUAUCACAGGUCUCAUAUAGGGGGGCCGCAGUAUCCUCCGCCUCCGCCAAUUGUCUCUCAUCAAAGCGAAAACAAUCCGCAUCACCAUCAGCAUCAUCCCCACCUUCCUUCGUUUACCCAUCAACACAGUCACCACAGCUCGGAAGUCGCUAACAAACCCUCUGUUAGGGUUUAUUCUAAGGCGGAGACUAAUUACUCUUUGACCAUCCGGGAUGGGAAGGUUAUCCUUGCCCCUUCCAAUCCAUCAGACCCAUUUCAGCACUGGGUUAAAGAUGAUAAGUACAGCACAAGAGUCAAGGACGAACAGGGUUUCCCCAGCUUUGCGUUGAUUAAUAAAGCCACUGGGCAGGCCAUGAAACACUCCAUUGGAGCCACACAUCCUGUGCAAUUGAUUCCUCAUGAUUCUGAUGUUCUUGAUGAAUCAAUUUUGUGGACCGAGAGCAAAGACUUGGGCGAUGCGUUGGAAGAUUCUUCCUCACUGAUACGAGGACCUGUCUUGUUGAUUACGCUUGAUGGUGGAAGGAGAUGGGAGUUCCCUCAUUCAUAG